AGACCUGCAAAAAUGAUAAGCCGAAAUACUAAAAAUGUACUUGUUGUUUCUUUUGGAUUUUUGCUCUUAUUCACAGCAUAUGGAGGACUGCAAAGUUUACAGAGCAGUCUGAAUGCAGAGGAAGGAAUGGGUGUUAUAUCUCUCAGUGUCAUCUAUGGAGCCAUCAUUCUAUCCUCGAUGUUUCUGCCUCCCAUAAUGAUAAAAAAUCUGGGCUGUAAAUGGACCAUCGUUAUUUGCAUGGGUUGUUAUGUGGCAUAUUCUUUUGGAAACCUAUCGCCAGGCUGGGCAAGUCUGAUGUCCACCUCUGCCAUUCUGGGUUUGGGAGGUUCACCACUUUGGUCUGCAAAAUGCACUUAUCUCACAAUAAGUGGAAACAUGCAAGGCCAGAAAGACAACAAGAAAAGCCAGGACAUCAUAAACCAGUACUUUGGCCUCUUCUUCUUCAUCUUCCAGUCUUCUGCAGUGUGGGGCAACCUCAUGUCAUCCCUAAUAUUUGGACAGGACUCGAACAUAGUCGAAAUACCAGAGGAGAACUUGGAGUACUGUGGAGCAGGGUUGUGCAUUGAGAAUUUUACCACUGCUGGAAACACAACCCGUCCAGCAAAACGCCUAGUGGACACAUUACUAGGCUGCUACAUUGGUGUGGGACUUCUAGCCAUAAUAUUUGUGGCAGUGUUUCUGGACAACAUAGACCGAGAUCAGGCCAGAGAAUUUCGGAAAAACAAGGGCAACGUAUCCUUUUGCAACACCUUUCUGGCCACCUUUAAGCUCCUGAGAAACCCUAAGUUGUUGUUGCUCAUUCCGUUGACCAUGUACAGCGGGUUCGAACAAAGCUUCCUUUCUAGUGAAUUUACAAAGAACUAUGUGACCUGUGCACUAGGAAUACACUAUGUUGGCUUUGUCAUGAUCUGCUUCGGUGCUACAAAUUCCCUGUCCUCGUUUGCCUUUGGGAGAUUGGCGGAAUACACUGGAAGAAUUGCCCUCUUUUGCUUGGCUGCACUGAUAAAUCUAGGCUGUAUUUUGGGUCUGCUGUUCUGGGGCCCUCAUCCAGACCAGCUGCCUGUAUUUUUUGUAAUUCCUGCCCUGUGGGGCAUGGCAGAUGCUGUGUGGCAAACACAAACCAAUGCACUGUAUGGGAUUCUCUUUGCUGAGCAUAAAGAAGCUGCAUUUGCUAACUAUCGUAUGUGGGAGUCGCUUGGGUUUGUUAUAGCCUUCGCUUACAGCACAUAUAUCUGCCUAUCCACCAAGAUUUACAUCGUUUUAGCUGUUUUGGCCCUUACCAUGGUAACUUACCUAUAUGUCGAGUACUGGGAGUACAAGAAUCCAACUGCACAAGUGGCCUCCAUGCUUAAUUCAGAGAAGAAUGACCUCAAAGAAGAAAACGUUGUUAAAAUAAAUGAAAAUAUAAAUGAGAAAUAUGUUAUUAACCAGACACAGCUGUAA